GUUUGGAUCACCUUGGGCAAGCUCCUCUGUGUGUGUUCAUCCUGUUGCCAUGGUUGCUAUUGGAGAGUUUGACACAACAUCUGUAGCUUAUAGUGCCUCAUUACUGAUGAAAUCACUCCAGUGGAAAGUCAGCUCAUAUGGGUGUCCUUAGUGGGGCGUGCAGCUCCAGGUCCUACCAAACCACUUUUUUUAAAGGUUAGCCGUGACAGUGGAGUACAAAAACAUCUGUGUAACAACAUGCCUCUAACCUAAUUGCACCAAUGAACCUCUUUUUUUCCCCCUCUGAUCUGAUGAUGUGAACUAUUUACUGGGAGUUUGGUUAGCGUCUGUUUGACGUUAGUUCUUAUGGGAAAGGCAGUUUACACCAUGUAACGCAUAAGUUCCAGGCUGCAGAGAAGAUUGGAUAUGUGGAAAAAAAAAAAAGUUUUAUCAGGCAUUUGGGAACAGUUAGUGGAGACUUCCUCAAGAAUUGUCCAAAGUGUUGCAGGAAUAAUGAUGAGGGAUAACAGGGUAGUUGCUGCACUCAUUUAAACACAUAAUCUGUCAUAAAUGAGAAUGAGUAGAUUUAACUUUGUGAAUAUUUGUGUGGCACAGAGCCGAUGUAGUAACUGAUGGUCUUCAUUAAUGUAUGAGACAACGCUGUGACUGGGGCCAGCCUGAUGGCUUAGCAAGCGUGCGUCCAUUGGCUUUGUUAUUGCAUAUUUGUGCUGCAGCAACAGGCUACACCCAACCCCAGACAUUAACAAAUCCACCGCGCGUCAGGGACGCACACUAUUGAAAUGUCAACUCACAACAGCGAGACCGUGUCUCCUGAAGGCAUUAAAAUAUCUGGUUUUUACCUUUUAGCUGACUUUCUCAAAAGGCAUAAAAAGAUCUCUUUUUUUUUUAAAACUAGGGAAUGUCAUCUGUUUCUGACUCAGUUUCUGUUCCUCUUUUUUUUCUAUGCAUGGGACCCAGACUCCUGCCAGAAAGUUGUGUUUAUUGGCAGGCAGCAUGGAAUGACGUCGACAGGCGUGGUAAUAACAAUGAGAAGACUAUGAACCCAGUCUUUACUCUUUAGAGGAAAAAAAUGCAGGGCGUAUCCACAGAAAUGUGAAAUAUAAUGAUUGAAAUUCUUAUACCUGAUGUGGCUUAAUUUCAACUUUCACUUGUAUUGAAAGAAACGAAGCCACUCUCGGUGGCAGCGGAGUUUCCUGUGAGUCGGGCAGUACGCACAGGGAAUCCGAGCAGUACAGUACAUAGGAAAUGACUCAUAGGAGUUGAACUGUUUAGCGUGGGUGUGUGCGCUGUUAAAACAAGGCGCAGACUCCUCCGUAUGACUCACUCUGAUGCUCGCUUUUCCAUGCUGAAAACCAGCACGGAUUGUUAAUCAGAUGAACUUUUGGGAAUUGUGUAGCCCACAUCGAGCAGCUUUUCACUCGCAGACAUCAUGGCUUCAGCCUCUCUUUGCGCACUGUGCGGAUUUAUUAUAGCGGCUGUAACCAGUCUCCACGGUGUGAGCGCGCAGAAAAAUCAGUGUCGCAGCUCAGAGUUUUGGAACUCAGACUUGGAUGUGUGCGUGCCCUGCACAUCAUGCAAACAGUACCCAAAGACCCCGUCAUGCAAUACAUGUAAACAUGUGGAAGAGACGCCUGAUGUGUGGAAACUGGCAGCGAUCACCAGUUUCUCUGUGCUGGCUGUAGUUUUGAUUGGUGCUGCACUUAUUAUCGGGAUCAUGGUGCAUAGACGCAAGUCACACAAACGGCCUCUACGUGAACCUAUUGAAGAGACCGCAGGCCCACUUUAUCAAGCCUAAACAGUUGACCUCAUCUUCCUCUGGAAACAGAUGUGACAGAAGCAAGGAGCCAGGCGGAGGAACCUCUGGACAAUGAACUGCAUACCUUGACUGUACAGUGUACCCUGGCCGGAAUUAGACCAUUUUAAUUUAUUAGACUGUUAGGUGUAGAGAAAUGCUCAGUUCUCAAGCUCAAUGUAGGUCCACUGUUGACCACAGGACUUGCAAAGAGCAAAAUUAGCACCUCUGUAGGAAUAGUAACAACAUAGUAUGUACUAGCGGUAUCAUCUUCAGGAUUUGUGUGCCUUUAUAUUCCGUUUAAGUGAGAUUCCAACCUGGAGGACCUUUGUGGGUUUGCAGAUGUUUGACAAAACUACACUCUGUGCUCCUGUGUUUUAUUGUGCUGUUUUUCAGCAGGACCCCAGUGAAUGUAACAUGGCUCAGGCUGCCAGUCGGGCUGUAGUUUGAUCUUGUGCUGUUCAGGAGGUUAGACGGGGUCUAUCUGCUGGUCAUUAACCACAACAGCGGCCUCUAAAACUAAAUGUUAGUAAGAUAUUCUGUUUGGCACAUUAAGGCCAUUUGAAUGUAGCUACUUUUAGCUGAACUGUAUUCAAGACUUUGUCCCUUCCAGUACGUCCACAUACCUGUUCUUUUAGCAGACUGAUGCAGUGAUGAAGCUGUUGAUUAAGGAAACAAGUUGUACUCAUGCACUGUUACUACAUCCCCUGAGACCAACAUAGACCCUGUUUUUCAGGUCAUUCCAUUAAUGUUACAUCUGUUUUAUGUUACUAAGUUUUUUAUGUUUUUUUUUUUUUUCUUAGAAGAGAUGGAGCUUUAUCUGUCACAACUCCAGAAUUCACAUCACUGUCCCAGUGCUUGUAGGACGGGUUGCUUGAAACACUAGACAUACGAUCCCAAACUGCUAACAUAUGGGAAUGCUGCGAGGAAUGUACUGCAGAGAAGAAAAUAACCUACAGUGUUUUUGUUGGAGCUUCGCUGUUACAGGGCUUGCUACCUUUGACCUGUAAUUUCUUUUCAGAAAAAAUAUGUUUGUAAUUGUGGUGUUUGUUUGGAGUUUUGUAGCAACUGAGAGCAGCAAGACCCAUGUUGGACAGAGUUGGUCUUUUCCAUUUUCUUUACAUAUUUUGUAUGCAGUCAUGCAGAGAAAGUCCUCACUGUGAUAUUUCAUCACUGACAAAGUUUCAGGUCAUUUCUUGGGAUUCUCUCUGUUUAUGGGAAAAUUGCUUGCCCUCUGACAACAACAUUGAGAAACCAUUUCACAUGCAGAUUUUUUUUUUAUUUCUAGAUGUUUAUAUUAUUUAUUUUUAAAAGUCUUACAGUGCUGCAAAGCAUCACAUGUGAGGAAACAAGCACACUUUUAAAGGGACUCCAGUGAAGAUUUCUGUGAAACUUCCAACAGGCCAGCCACCACCGUUACUGAGCAAAAACUAACAUUUCCUGCCUUUAUUAGGGUCCGAGCCAUACGAAGUAUGGCGAGACCCUAUUGUAGUUGAAAUGUUUAUUUUUCUCCUUCUUCUCCUAAGCGUUUCAACGCCAAAUUUGACCCCCUAAACACCCAUGAAAAGUUGUGAAACUUGGCACACACGUCAAGCCCCGCGUAACUCGGAUAUUAUAAAGUCCGCAUACACUUCAAUGCAAAAUUGGCUCAACAGCGCCACCUAGACACCAAAAAAAACACACAAUGAAUGGGGUCCGGAAAGUCUACUUCCACGUAGGAACACAAAACUCGGCACACACGUGUAACACCCCGAGUCGAGCA